AUGAUUGAUUGGGAGUCUCUUCUUGAAUUUGAAGAUGCCAUCACCACCACCAAUCCUCCUAAGCUUCUUCGUCAAGCAUUAGAUGCCAAACUCACCGAUAAGUUGAUGAGUCUCAAACCAUCAACCACUGACUUUACUGAAGAACAACUCGAUACCACUUUCCAAUCUUAUUCCUUUGAACAAGACCAAUUCACAUCGUGCUCCAAAUGUGGCCACCCCUUAAGUAGUGGAAGUUCCACCUACAAGAACUGUUGCAAUACUUUUAUUGAAAACAAAUCCCAAAUCUCUCUGGGGUUAGAAAAAAGUUAUUGGCUUCUGUUGAUCAACAAUCCUUCUGGUACGAUCAAUACCCUUCCAAAUUAUACUCAAAUGUUAAUUCUUCAACAAGGAAUCCCAGCACAACUCAGAUCAUUGAUUUGGGAAAGACUUUUACUUUUAGGGAGUGAAGUACCUGAAACGUCGUCCCUUAUCUACGAAAACUUUCAACAUCUGUAUAACCCUUCUGUGGCCAAACAAAUAAGUAAAGAUCUCCAUCGUACAUUCCCACUGGUUCCAUUCUUCAAGUUGGAUUCAACAGAACUGAAUUUAUCAACCAUUUUGAACGUGUUUGCCAAUUAUGAUGCAGAGCUUGGUUAUUGCCAAGGGCUCGUAUUUCUUGUUGGUGUAUUGUAUUAUCAUUUCCAACAUGAAUCCCCUGCACUUACUUUCCAUUCAUUAGUGGUUAUAAUGGCUGCAGAGCCCGAACUUCGUGACAUUUUCACCGCCACUACAAUGUCGAAAACUCUUGAAAAAUGGUUAUCAGAGUUUUUAGAUAUAUUGAAUGUUGUAGAACCCGAUUUACAUGAUCAUAUGCUUUCCAAUGGAAUUGAAUUCCAAGUAUUUCUCUAUCAAUGGUGGCUUUCCUUUGCAUCGAGCCAUGUACCUGAACUCUCCAUAAUAAAUCGUAUUAUGGAUGUAUGUCUUGUACAAGGUUGGAAGGCUGGUCUUUUCAAAGUAUCCUUGGGACUUCUCAAGGUAAACAAACCGAUUUUGAUGAGUCUUGGUGAAGGAGAUGAAGAAGUUGUGUAUCAACAUCUUUUAAAUGAAUCUCGUUGGGGAGUAACCAUAAAUGAUUUGGAUUUAUUCUUUGGUAAUACCUUGAUGUCCUUUGAUGAUGAGCUUUUCAUAAAGCAAGAACCAGUCUUUAUUAAACCUGUCAUUGCAUCUUCAUUGAAAUAUUCUCAUACGAGAACUCCUUCAUCAGUUAUGGAUAAAUUUAAACAAUUAUCAGUUAAUUUGACCAGAUCAAGAUCGAAUAGUGAUCAUCAAUCUCCCGAUCUGAUCUCUCUGUCAUCAUCUUCAUCCCUUUCAGUGUUUGAAUCCACACAUUUAAAUGAACAAGAAAGUAUAUAUUCAGAUGAUGUUAUGAAUGAUGAAUGUUCAUCAAGUACAAGUGUAUUCAAUUAUUUGAAAUUACCUUAUUCUCAGAAAAAGGAUGAUGUUUCAAAGGAUCAAUUGAAAGAAUUGUUAAGACAAGCAUAUGAAAUGGUUGAAGGUAAACCAAGGGAUGAAAUGGUAAUGGCAGAAAUUAAACGGGUAUUAACUUAA